AUGGCAAAUCUUUCGGCCAUCGCCAGACGGAUACCACUUCGCCAGGCUAGCAAUGGCUGCGGCUCUGUGAGAUGCGUUCAAACCGCAGCUCAACAACCAAACUUGUCUUAUCCGCUUUAUCCGUCCGUUGCGCAAUUGAUGAAGCAAAACAAUAUUCCAUCGAAUGAUGUAUCUAAAAUGACUGCUACGGGGCCGAAUGGCCGGAUACUAAAGGGAGACGUGCUCUCAUACCUUGGUACAAUUGCCGCCAGUUAUCCUGCCGACCUUGCCUCACAGCUUGCAAAGAAUUCACGACUAGACCUGAGCAAUAUCAAGAUAGUCGCACCUCAGGCUUCAUCCCAAGCUACUCCGGCACCCCAGGAGGAAAAGACUCAGGUGGAAGAGGUGACUGCUGGGUCAAGAUCGGAAGAGCCGGUGCAGUCUGUGUUUGAAACCAAAAUCGCUGUUCCUGUGUCUUUCUCCAAGCUCAUCUCUGUUCGACGACGGAUUCAAUCUUCCGUUGGUGUUGAGAUCCCACUUGCCACUUUUGUUUCUCGGGCAGCCGAUAUCGCGAACGAGAACCUACCCGUCAAGCCCAGCGAGAAGCAGCGGUCAUCAGCUCUAUUUGACGAGAUCCUAGGCCACAGGCCCUCUGCUUCUACACAGAUGGCAUUUUCCCGGGGAGAUUACCUCCCAGAGAUUAUUUCUCCUUCCGAGUUCUAUUCUAGCUCAGGAGAGAGCCAGCAAAGCCUGCGUAAAUCUGCGGAUGAUAUCAUUGAUGUUCUGACCGGCCGGUCAUCGCCUUCAAAGAGGAGUGUGAGCAGGACAGUCGAAUCAGAGGAGGACGAAAACACAAGCAUAUUUAGCCUGACGAUUCCCGAGCACGAGGAACCUCGUGCUAUGGCAUUUUUGGAGAAGAUGCAAGUUCUACUGGAGGAAGAACCAGCCCAGCUGCUGGCACUUUAG